CAAGUGCAAGUUCUGCUUGCCUUUGGGGGUGUGUGUUCCUCUUGUGAUAGAGCUUGGGUGCUUUCAGAUUUUUUCCUUAGCUGUUACAACUGUAUUCUCUAGGUCUUGAGAUGGAAUCCCAGGUGCGUCAGAACUUCCAUGCUGAGUGUGAGGCUGCUGUGAACCGCCUGGUGAACCUGGAGCUCUAUGCUAGCUAUGUCUAUCUGUCUAUGUCCUACUACUUUGAACGGGAUGAUGUGGCCUUGAGGCACAUGGCCCAGUUCUUGAAGGUACAGUCUCAUGAGCAGAAGGAACAUGCAGAGAAGUUCCUGACCUAUCAAAACAAGCGAGGUGGGAGCGUUGUCCUGCAGGAUAUCAAGAGGCCGGAGCGGGAUGAGUGGGGGAACAGCCUGGAGGCCCUGCAGUGUGCCCUGCAGCUGGAGAAGACUCUGAACCAGGCCCUGCUGGACCUGCACAAGCUGGCUACUGAGAAGAAUGACCCUCAUCUCUGUGACUUCCUGGAGUCUGACUACCUGGAGGAGCAGGUGAAGGCCAUCAAGCAGCUGGGAGACCAUGUCACCAACCUGAAGCGCCUGGGAGUGCCCCAGAAUGGCAUGGGAGAGUACCUGUUUGACAAGCUCACCCUGGGGGAGAGCAGCUGAACAGCCUACUGCCAGCUGAGAGUGCCAUGCAGACCUCUACACUUCACAGCCAAAUAGACAAGGUCUAGCAACCUAGAGUCAAGUGCUGACAAUAAAACAUUCUAUGCAUCCAA